CUCACAUCGCAAAGGCACACUGUCCAUGCAAAGAUUUAAGAAGCUUGAAGCAUCGUCACAAAAUAGUUUCGGCAGUGAAGCUUCUGCUGUGAACAGCAAGAGCGGCGAUCUUGAUCUUGAUCGUGAAAGUGCAGGGCUCUCAGAGGCAGCUGGGUUAUGUCGAUCGAUGAUAUUGUGCGAAUUGCCCAUUUUGCCUUCUUCAAUGUCCCGAUCGCGACAAGCUGGCUGCUGUGUCAACACGUGCCUGUGUUCGCAAUAUGGCGACCUCUGUUCCCUGGCAGCCGUGAAGAUUCGAUAACAUACACGGCAUUGGACCAUCUAGCAGGCUUGACGCUAGUAGUCAACCUGUUCACGUACCUCUCAUCAGCCUGGCUAAACCAGCUCUUCCCGUUUUCAUUCCUAGCGCAGCAGCAAUCAGCACCAGCACCAAAACUUCAGACUAGUUCACGCGAAUGGUGGGCAGAGCAGGUCGUCGUGGUUACGGGGGGGAGCAGCGGGCUGGGCCAUGAGAUCGUCUGUCUGUGCCUUGCAAAGGGGGCAAAAGUUGCCAACUUGGACAUUGCUGCGCCGCGGCCGCCUUCAACAUCCGUCACAAGCCACGACGACAGGCUGUUUUAUGUGCACUGCGACCUGACGUCCCGCACCGAGAUCCAACACGCCGCUGCACGCGUUCGUGAGCUUACCGGUGCACCUGUCACGAUCCUGAUCAACAACGCCGGCAUCCAGAGCGGGCGGGGAAAGUCGCUGUUGACCCUUGCGGACUGCGAGAUCGAGCGGCUGUUUGAGGUAAAUGUGCUCGCACACUUCUGGACCAUCCGCGCGUUUUUGCCGGACAUGAUUGCAGCUCACCAACCCAGCGGACACAUCGUGACAAUCUCUAGUAUCAUGGGCCACGUCGGCAUCGCCCACGUCGCAGACUACGCCGCGUCCAAGCACGCACUGGUCGGGCUGCACGCAUCGCUUCGCCGCGAGCUCGACCACGGCAUCGUAGGGGGAAAGAAUGCGUGCGCGGUGCGCACGACGCUUGUGACGCUCGGACGCGUGCGCACGCCGCUGUUCGCACGCAUGCGCUAUGGCGCGCUCGCUGAGUUUCUCGCGCCAACGCUCAACGCGGCCGACGUCGCGCGGCGCAUCGUGGAAGACGCACUCAGUCGCAGGCGCAGCUGCUACAUGUUCAUGCCGUGGUAUUCGCGCUUCGCGCCAGUGCUGGCGCUCAUGCCGAGCUUCGUGAUUGAUCUGGCGCACUGGAUCACAGGUGCGGAUCAUGCAAUGGCUUGAUGGAAACGUUGGCAUGCGUGCAGUCUGGCUAUUGAGGCAUACAAGCAGGCCUAUUCUAUGUCACGUCGCGACGGUGCACGUACAGACGCCUUAUGGUUUUAUUUGUAUAGCACUAUUCAAGCACUCGAUGCCGCUCAUUGUCAUGGGACACCGACAGGCGACAUCCUCAUGUACCAAGCGCGAGCUUGACCCUAGGGCAACCUGAAAGCGGUCUGGCAGCUUUUCGAUGGCAUCCGACUCGAAGAGUGUGUUAAGUCAAGGAGCAUGUACAUAUAGGCCACAUCAAAAGGGUUACCCACCCGUCCUUCCGUC